AUGAGUGAUGGCGGUGUGAGCGGCAGUGGCAGUGGCAGUGGCAGUGGCAGUGGCAGUGGAGGAGGAGGGAGGGGCAGUGGUAGUGGACUUUUUUUGGGGUGGGGGUGUGGUAGCAGGGGCGGGCAUCUGAGCACGCUCACAGAUGCGGCCGACGGCGCGGCCAAGGUCACCGCGCUGGCAUGGAGUCCCAACGGCGUCAAGUUGGCUGCCUGUACAGUCGAUCGCGUGGUCAUGCUUUUCGAUGAGCAUGGCGAGAAGCAAGACAAGUUUGCCACCAAGCCUGCCGAGUCAGGCGGCGCCAAAACGUAUCUGGUCACGGGCAUGGCUUGGUCUCCCGACUCGAACAAAUUGGCGGUGGCGCAAUCAGACAACAUCGUCUUUGUCUACAAGCUGGGUCAGGGUGAUGCUACCGUGUGGGAUAAGAAAAAGUCAAUCUGCAACAAGUUCAUCCAAUCGUCUCCCGUGACUUGCAUUACGUGGCCUCAUGCCCACCAUCACACCAUCGUGCUCGGCACCGUUGAGGGCAAGGUGCGAGUGGGCAACUUGCGCACCAACAAGUCACAAUCCAUCUAUCCCACGGGGUCCAUGUGCGUGGCCCUGGCCACCAGUCCCGAUGGCGACGGCAUUGUUUCAGCCCACAUGGAUGGCAGCAUCUAUCGCUAUCAGCUCUCCGAGGGCGGGCGCCAUGGCCUGGUAGCAAAGCACAGCUGCCCUGCAUAUGCCCUCUCUUGGGCCGAAAGUAUCUUGGCAGCCGGUGCCGACAAGCGUCUCGUCGUGUACGGCUUGGAUGGACGCAUCCAGCAGCAAUUUGAUCACAGCAACGAGCCCGGGGAGCGCGAACCGGCGGUUGCCCUGGCUUCCCCCUCAGGCCAAAGCGUGCUCGUUGGCUCAUAUAGCCGCCUGCGUGUUUACACGUACAACGUUCGUCGCACCACAUGGGAAGCUGCCGCGCCCAAGGAUGUUCCAAACCUCUACACGGUCACGGCGUUGGCAUGGCGACCAGACGGUUCGCGCGUGCACGUGGGCACACUCUGCGGUGCCAUCGAGGGUUUUGAUUGCGCGUUUCGUCGCACCCGAUACAAGGACAAGUUUGAGUUUGUCUACGUCGGCCCGUCUCAGGUCAUCGUGACCAAGUUGAGCGACAACAUGCGCAUCGUCCUCCGAUCCCAUUACAAUUAUGAGAUUGAAAAGGUGCAUGUUCUCGGCGACGACCAGUACAUUGUCGGUUACACCUCGGACACGCUCCUUUUGGGUGACCUUGUCUCCUGCCAGCUCUCCGAGGUGGCCUGGCAGCCCACUGGAAGCGAGCGCUUCUACUUUGAGAAUCCGGCCUGUUGCCUCAUCUUCAAUGCGGGCGAACUCGCCGUUGUUCAGUACGGCGUCAACGAGGUACUUGGCAGCGUUCGAACAGAGUACAUGAGUCCCCAUCUCCUCUCUGUCUGCGUUCAGCCACGGUCCAAGCGUCUCGCCGAAGACGACACCGUCGAGAACUUGAAGAAGCUGGCGUAUCUUGUUGAUCUUAAAACCAUCAGUGUCAUUGCCCUCGGCUCGGGUGUCGAGCUUGUGCACCUCGAGCACGAUGCUAAAGUGGAUUGGCUUGAGUUGAACGAGAACGGCGGCAAACUGCUUUUCCGGGACAAGCGACGACGCCUCGUGCUGUACGAUAUUGCCACCGAAAGCAAGACUACCCUGUUGACCUACUGCUCCUAUGUGCAGUGGGUUCCCAGCAGUGAUGUCAUUGUGGCACAGAACCGCAACAAUCUCUGCGUGUGGUAUUCAGUGGACCACCUAGAUCGUAUGACCACCUUUCAAAUCAAGGGUGACGUCGAAGACAUUGAACGAACCAAUGGCGCGACCGAGGUUUUGGUGGAUGAAGGCGUCAAUAUGGUCACGUACACGCUGGAUGAGAGCUUGAUCGAGUUUGGCACGGCUGUGGAAGACGAGGAUUAUGCGCGAGCCGUCAACUUCCUCGAGGCGCAGAUUGAUGCACCAGAGACACAGGCCAUGUGGAGCACGCUGGCUCAGCUGGCCAUGGAGGCCGAGGACUUGCCCGUUGCGGCUCGCUGCUAUUCUGCCUUGGGCAACAUAUCCAAGGCCCGUUACCUGCAGCAGAUGAUUCGCGACCAAGCCAAUGGUGACGAAUCGGCACGCGCCAAAAUGGCCGCGCUGAACAAACACUUCAAGCUUGCCGAGACCAUCUACCUCGAACAAGGCCAGGUUGACGCUGCCAUCAAUAUGUAUCAAUCUCUUCACAAGUGGGACGAAGCCAUUGCCGUGGCGGCAGCGCGCAAUCACCCCGAGUUGGACGCUAUGCGGUCCAAGUACACUGCUUGGCUUCUCGAAUCAGGCCAGGAAGAGAAGGCUGGAGAGCUUCGUGAGCAAGAGGGCGAUCUGCAGGGCGCACUCAACUUUUACAUGAAGGCCGGAUUGCCAGGCCGGGCCGCACAUCUGGUCAUGGCCCAACCCGACUUGUACGGUCGCACAGAUGUGGUUGAGCGCGUAGCCUCAGCUUUGAUGCAGGCUUCAAUCUACGAUCGUGCUGGUGAGUUGCUAGAGCGAGCGCAGAUGCCCCAGCGUGCCCUCGAGGCCUACAAAAAAGGCCAUGCCUAUGCACGGGCCGUCGAGCUGUGUCGCCAGUCGUUUCCAAACGAAGUCAUCGUUCUUGAAGAAGCCUGGGGCGAUCAUCUCGUGCGCCAAAAGCAAAUGGAUGCUGCCAUUCCCCACUUCAUCGAGGCUGGGCGCUCCGAAAAGGCCAUCGAGGCUGCUAUUGCUGCCCGUCAAUGGGCCAAGGCUGCUCAAGUGGUGGAUAUGCAGGAUGAUGCUUUGGCACGGCCGUACUUUAUCCAGCUCGCGCGCCACUAUGCUUCAGUGCGCGACUUUCGCAAUGCCGAGAAGUACUUCAUCAAGGGCCAAGCACCUCGUGGUGCCGUGGACAUGUACGUGGCGGCCGGACAGUGGGAUAAAGCCCAUAAAAUCAGUUCGCGCUUCAUGUCGCAAGAUGAAGUCUCUCAGAGCUAUCUCGUCAAGGCGGAAGAACUCGAGACGCAGCACAAAUAUGCCGAAGCGGAGAAGCUUUAUGUGACUGUGAACGAGCCCGAUUUGGCCAUCAACAUGUACAAGAAGAUCAAGCAGUACGAGGACAUGCUGCGAUUGGUGAAGACCUAUCAUCCCGACUUGAUGGAGCAAACCCACAUUCAUUUGGCACAGGAGCUGGAAGACGAAUCAUCGCAUACUCAAGCCGAGCAGCACUACAUUUCCGGGAACGACUGGAAGAGUGCUGUCAACAUGUACCGGGCACGCGACAUGUGGGAGGACGCGUACCGCGUUGCCAAAACCCACGGUGGCCUGCCCGCCUCGCAGCAGGUCGGCUAUCUUUGGGCACGUAGCUUGGGCGGAGACUCGGCCAUCAAGUUGCUGCAAAAGCUUGGCAUCGUCGACGUGGCCGUGGACUUUGCCUGCGAGCAGAAUAUGUUUGAUUUCGCUUUUGAGAUUGCUCGCGCAGCCGCGACGCACCGCACCAAAGACAUUCAUCUCAAGAAGGCCAUGUUUUUGGAAGAUGAGGGCCGCAGCAAGGAAGCAGAGGAGCACUUUGUGCUUGCGGACAAGCCCAAGGAAGCCGUGCUGAUGUACGUGCACGCCCAGGACUGGGACGCAGCACAGCGCGUGGCCGAAGCCCAUGAUCCCGAAUCAAUCAGCGAUGUUCUCGUUGGGCAGGCGCGCGUAGCCUUUCAGAAUAAAGAUUAUGCUCGCGCAGAGGCCCUUUUGCUGCGCGCCAACCGCCCCGAGCUGGCCGUGCGCUAUUAUCGGGAGGCACAAAUGUGGGACGACUGCCUUCGCCUCGCGGGCGAGUACCUGCCUCACAUGUUGCCAGGCCUUCGUCGUGAUUACGAGCUGGCGACCGGCAACAGCGUGCCAGAUGGCAAGGGCCCGGCCGGAGCGAGCAUGUCGCCCAACGGCAAUGAGCCGCCCUCACACGGGGGGCGCGCCACCAGCGAGGCCCUGCUGGUGCAAGCGCGGCAGUACGCUAGUGCUGGGCAACACGGCAAAGCCGUUGAGCUGUACCUGCGCUUGCAACCCGGCGAUAUGAACGCCGCGCAGCUGCAGGAGGCGUACGAGCAGGCAGCCGAGCUGGCUGCCAAGUUCUUGCCCUCCCAGGCGGCCGAAAUCACCACGCAGUUGUGCCAGCGCUUGGUGCAAAUGAACCGGCACAGCGUCGCAGCGGAUUUUUUCGCAGGGUUGGACAUGUUCACGGAGGCUUGCAUUGUCUGUGUGCAAGGCCGUGACUUUGAGCAGGCCCAACGCUUCGCUGAGGCUGCGGCUGACCCAGAACUGGUGCAAAAGGUCAAACAGGCCUACGUUGCUCAUCUUGAACAGCAAAAUGAUGGUUCUGGGCUGGCAGGCGUGGACGCGAUGGCCGCAUUGGAUCUCUAUGUGCGCAACGAACAAUGGCAAGAGUGCAUGCGAGAGGCAGCGCAACAUGGCGGCCAGGUUCUCAACAAAUAUGCGGCGCUGUAUGCGGCUCGUUUACUGCAACAGGGUGACCCUGUGGCUGCCUUGGGUGUGUUCCGAGAGCAUGGUGCGCCUCCCACGCCCGCCAACCAUAACAUCUAUCGCCGCCUGUUACAUGACAUGCUUGCGGAGCGAGGCCAGGCCCAGGAGUAUAAAACUUGGGCAGCCCUGCGCGAUGUUCUUGCGUCGGUGCGGUCCGGCGUGGCCGUGCAGCAGCCGCAGAGCGAGCCUGAGUUUGAGCGCAUGACCACAAUUGCACACUACAUGGCGCUUAGCGCAGCCACUCGCGGGAUCGAAGAUCUCAAAGAUCUUCACUCAAAGCUUUGCAUUGCAUUGCUGCGGUACACCGACAUCGUGCCCGUGGACCGCGCAUUCUAUGAGGCUGGCAUCGCCUGCCGCGCCAACGGCGCCGAGAGCAUGGCCUUUGUAUUUUUGAAUCGAUACCUCGAUUUGAGCGAGGCCAUUGACGAUGGGAGCCUGGACUCACUGGAUAACACAGACUUUUUGAAUGCUGGCAUUCCUCUCGAGGUGCCGCUCCCAGACCGGCAAUUUGUGGAAGAAGACGAGCACAAGGAGGCCAAGCAAUGGGUCUUGGCCAUUUCCAUGGACCAUGAUGUUGAUCUGCAGUUGGAGACAGACGAGCGGGGCCUCUUCGUCGGCUCGCUGCAAAUGCCCAGUGGAGGCCAGGAGUACCCGGCAUGUGUCGCCUGUGGUCUGGCCGUGUUCGAAGAGGCCGUUAACUUUGGGCGAGGAAAAGCGGCGCGCAAGGGCGAGUGGAGUCAGUUCUUGAUGGCCAUGAAGACCACCAAGUCACCACAGUUGGAGGAUGUGAUGCGUUUCCUCUCCUCAUGGUGCAAUGCCUCGGCGUCCAUGUCGUACUCUUUCACGUGAGAGCUGACUUGGCGCAAAAUCGGUCGGAAGAUGUAGACGACUGAGCCUCUAGAAACCGAAGCCCGUUGCAUUCAUGUGUAUUUUUUGACCGGCUCUUCACUGACUGUGACUGUGAUGGCGGCUUUUUAUAUCCGUCGUAUGUGGUGGCGUGCUCAUCAAUGAUCAAUUAACUUUUUUCUU